AAUCUUUUCUCACCACAGUGUUUGUGACAGACCCUUAAGCUGCACGGCCUCGUGUGAGGUACAAUAAGGGCAUUUCUAAAGUUCUGUCCUAGUACUACUUCCAGUUUUCUUAACACUGUACUGGUCUUCUGGAUCAAUGGCUAUUGUUGGUGGAACAUUCCGCAUGGUGUCAGAGGAAGAGCAGAUGCUUAGGGCUAAAUUGGAGCAUCUGACAAUAAAGGACCAUGGGUCAGUGUUCGGACCUUGUGCCAAGCUUCCUGACCACACUGUACAGAAGGCUAAAGAUGAGCUGAAUGAAACAGAGGAGAAAAAAGUGUCAGCAGUGAAGGAACUGAAGGACAUGAUUAAAGAGAAGGCGGACAGCGGGGAUGACCUUGCCAAAGCGGUGCAGGGAAUGCUUAUCGAGAAACCUGAUGCCUUCCUGGUUAGGUUCAUUCGAGCUAGAAAAUAUGAUGUCAGCAGAGCUUUUGAGCUCAUGAAAGGUUAUGUGCGUUUCAGACGAGAUUAUCCUGAGCUCUUUGAGAAUUUAAGCCCGGAGGCUGUUCGCAGCACUAUUGAAGCUGGUUAUCCAGGGAUCCUAUCUAGAAGAGAUAAAUAUGGCCGUGUAGUGCUCCUCUUCAACAUUGAGAACUGGGACUAUGAAGAGAUCACCUUUGAUGAGAUCAUCAGAGCUUACUGUGUAAUCCUGGAGAAGUUGCUGGAGAAUGAGGAGACUCAGAUUAAUGGCUUCUGCAUCAUUGAGAACUUCAAAGGCUUCACCAUGCAACAGGCUUCUGGUAUUAAACCUACAGAACUGAAGAAAAUGGUAGACAUGUUGCAGGACUCUUUCCCUGCUCGCUUUAAAGCAGUGCACUUCAUCCACCAGCCCUGGUAUUUCACUACCACCUACAAUGUGGUCAAACCAUUGCUGAAGAGCAAACUCCUGGAGAGGGUGUUUGUCCAUGGAGAGGAAUUGGAGAGCUACUAUAAGGAAUUUGAAGCUGACAUCCUGCCUGCAGAGUUUGAAGGGAAGGGUGCCAAAUAUGACGGCAAGGCAAUAGCAGCAAAACUUUUUGACUAAAAAAUAUUAUUAUAAUAUGUUUUAAAAUACUUUGCUAGUCAGUGUGUAUGUUUUAGUAUUAUAGCAUACUGAAUAAUGUGUCAAAAUGUGUUUGUAAGUGAUAUCCAAACAAAACUAAAUAAUCUGAUUAAACAAAAUGUUCAUGAAUGUUUAAAUAAUUGACCCGAGGGAAUGGAUAAUUAUGUCAUAUCUGCGCUGAGUAAUUACAUGAUUUAGAAUAAAGGACAACAAUGGUUUUAAAAUAGUUUACUUAGAGUUUUAGGCUUGUAUGAUAUUUCCGGUUCAGAUGGCCAGGACAUUUAUCCAUAUUUACAAAAUCUCUAUGUAACUGUAAAGAAUUUGGGAUGGUCACUGAUGCUUGAUGCAUUUAACUAUCCAUUUAGUUUGAUUUAUUGCUGAAAAGAACUCAUAUACAUACUGUCAUAUGGUCCUUUUAUGGUCUUUUCUGGCUGGCGAAAUGUACAAAAUGCUGUCCCUAUCCUAUCAUCUGAUUAAGAUUUUAAGCAAAAAUAAAGCCACAUUAAUUCA